AUGGGUCUGGAAAACCAGACCAGAAUUUGGAGCUUUAUUCUUCUGGGUUUUCCAACUGUCAAGGAACUUCAGAUCCUGCUUUUUAUGCUAUUUCUUGGUGUCUACAUCCUGACACUGCUUGAGAACAUUGCAAUCAUCAGCCUAAUCAGAACAAACAGCCAUCUCCAGAAACCCAUGUACUUUUUCCUUAGUCACCUCUCUUUCCUGGAGACCUGGUAUAUUUCUGUGACUGUUCCCAAGCUUCUGGUUAACUUCCUAGCAGAAGACAAAAGUAUUUCCUAUGAAGGCUGCAUGGCCCAGCUCUACUUCUUCAUUUCCCUGGCCUGCACAGAAUGUGUACUUUUGGCUGUCAUGGCUUAUGAUCGUUAUGCUGCCAUUUGCAACCCACUACGCUACCCAGUCAUCAUGACUUCCCAGCUCUGCUUGCAGCUAGCAGUGGGGUCUUGGUUUUGUGGUUUCCUAAUCUCAUUGCUCAAGGUCUUUUUCAUUUCUCACUUGAGUUUCUGUGGCCAGAACAUCAUCAACCAUUUCUUCUGUGACAUCUCACCUUUGCUCAACCUCUCCUGCACAGAUCGAACAGAGGCUGAGAUGGUGGACUUUGUAUUUGCCCUCAUUAUCCUUGUCAUUCCUCUAAUGGUCACUAUUGGCUCCUAUGUGUGCAUAAUAAAUACCGUCUUACAUAUCCCCACAGCCCAGGGAAAAAGGAAAGCCUUUUCCACCUGUGCUUCUCACCUCACUGUGGUUAUGAUCUUCUACUCAGCUACCCUCUUCAUGUAUGCUCGACCACAGAGAAUCCAUUCUUUUGAUCUUAAUAAGCUUGUGUCCAUUGUGUAUACUAUUAUUACCCCCAUGUUGAAUCCCUGUAUUUACUGUCUAAGGAAUCAAGAUGUCAAGGAUGCCCUGAAAAAGAUGUUUUGUAGUCGGAAUGCUGAAAACACAAUUAACUCUAGUGACCAUUAG